GGUUCUAUUGAAAUAAACAUCCAGGCAAGGGCUUUUGGACGAAGCAUGCUAUGAUGCAGAGUAAUGUGGGCGCCAAUUGGGUGCCUUUAUUUCUUUGUGUCUCUAUUGUUCCUUAGGAAAUUAACUUGAAGUUUUAAUGACUUAAUUAAAUUGACGUUCAUACCAACUGCUAGAACGCACGUGUGAAAUGUCAACAAAAGUGUGAGGUUGUUUCGCGGUUAUCAACUUGCGUAAAUCCACACUUGUUUUUCUACUGUAAAGUUUUGAUUCGUCCGAUAUUAUGGUGAAUCCAUCACGCCAGCAAGUUUUAAAGUUAUACAAGCAUUUGAUCCGGUACGGCCACCAACUGAAAUAUACUGACAAGAACUACUUCCUUUCACGGAUUCGGGACGAGUUCCGUGAGAAUAAGGACUUGAAAGACCCGAAAGAAAUUGAGUUUUUCUUCAAGCGGGGCGAGACUCUCUUACGCAACGGUCGAGUCAUCUAGGGAUGUCUGCCGGCUUCUUUCGUGGUAUAAUCCUGCAACGUACUUCCUCUUUUGCCACUGCCCAGAUCAGAACCAAGUUCAAAAAUGUCGAUUACUCUCGGUU